AUGAUUGGCGCUCGUCGUCGACAAGAUCCAAAUGGUUCAAGUUUUUCUUCAACAUGUACAUCAAUUAGUAGUAAUCCUCGAUGGAGUGAAGUAUCAUCUGCAUCACCUCUAAAUCCAGCAUUAUUAUCACCACAACGAUCAGCAUCAAGAACUUCUCGACGUUUUAUACUUCCGUUAGUUCCAGCAUCUUGGUUACCCGUAUCUCCGACAUCAUCACCUCGAGCUGCACUUCGAGAUCUUUGUUUACCACGUCAAGAACCUCGUCCACCGGCCGAUGUAUUAAAUCGAUCAAAUCUUGGUUCAUGUUCACCAUCGUUAGCAAAAUUUAGUCGUACGUCUGUAAGUCAACAGGUAUCAACAUCAACAAGUACAACAACAUUACCAUCAUCAAUUAUUCAACCUGGUAAUUUUCUUCAUCCAACAAUGACUUAUCUAACUGUCAAUGGUCUUAAAACACAAUAUCAUCAUCAACAUCAUCAUCAUCAUCAUCGUCAACAACAGACUUGUCGGCAUACUACACGGUAA